AUGCCGUUCACCGUCCUGACCGACGACAAUGUCCGGGAACUGCUUGACGGCCUCAGCAAAGAAGACGCCCUUUUACUCCAAAACAACCUAGGCGACGCCCUACAUGGCUACUCCACAGGCGAUACAAACUCACCAUGCUGCUCAUCCUACCAGCCCCAGCGAACAGUAAUCCGCAAGAAUGGCAUCACAUCACUAUUCAUGCCCGCGACAACAGGCGACUCAGUCGGCAUCAAAGUCGUGAGCCUAGAAACGCCACCAGAGGAAAUGCCCAACUACAAGAAAAAGUCCUCCAUCUCGAGUAUCUCAACAAAAGGCACUGGCGGCAGCAACCGCUCCAUGACAGACUCCAUGUCCAACAUGACCCUCUCGCCCGCAAGCACAAUGGGAUCAGAAAUCUCCGCUGCCUCCUCCAUCAGCGGCGCCUCCUUCCAACCCCCAACUCAGUCUCAAGUGCCCAGACCACCACACCCCGAGGCACAGUAA